AAGCAAAACAAGACACAGGAGAGUGGCGUGAGCUCUGCCCUCUGCAUGGUGUAUUACUACGAUGUUUUCUUUUACUAAAACGCAUUGCAUUUAUUCGCACGUGGCAUGUCACCUCGCGAACACGCGGCUCAGCGUGCUGACGCCGCAAAGCACCAGGAACCUGUUUCACCAGCUCCGUAGCCUGUCUCACCUGACGGGGGUCCAUUGUCAACCUCCAAACAAAAGAUUGGAGAGCAGAGUGGAUGGAGUCAUGUGGAGGAAGAACAUCCACCUGACAGAUGUGCAGAUAAGUGAGCUGUCUGAAGGCGCGUAUGACAAGCUUGCAGAGAAGACACUGGACGCCCUGACCGAAUACUUUGAGGACCUGAUGGAGGAAGCUUUCACUGGAGCAGACUACGACGUUGUGUACUCCAGUGGAGUGCUGACGGUGAAGGUGGGCAGAGACCACGGCACCUACGUCAUCAACAAGCAGACACCCAACAGACAGAUCUGGCUUUCUUCUCCUACCAGUGGACCGAAGCGCUACAACUGGACGGGGGAGCGCUGGGUGUACGCCCACGACGGCGUCAGCCUCCACCAGAUGCUCUCCAAAGAGUUCUCCGUCAUCUUUAAUACAAACAUGGACCUCUCUGGCCUGCCUUACUCCUGAGGUCCAACACACCUACCGUGUGUGUGUGUGUGUGUGUAUAAAUAUAUAUAUAUAAUGUACCACAACUCCACAACAGUUGUAUUAAAUAAGUGAUCUCUACAUGUUAUCUACAUGCUCUAUGAUAAAAAAUAAUGUACAUAUGUAUGUUGAUUUCAUUAAAUAUUUUUAAAAUAA